GCCUUUUGGCCGACUACGAUGGCAAGACUGCCGCUUGAGUUGGAACGAGUGGUAUUUGAAGGUGCAGCGGUGACCACAAGAGAAUGUAUACCCCAAUUAUUGUUGGUUGCUCGACGUGUCAAGAUCUGGAUUGAGCCUCUGCUUCACGAGUCACUUGUCGUUCUCGAUCAUGGAGUCGCUGAUAAGCAUGUCUUCCCUCGCGCGGCCCACCUGCGCUCCGCCGCCAUUAGUACGUUGUCAACUGAACGCCGCUCCUUUCUGGGGCGGCAUGUGCGGUCCAUCUGCAUCGUCUUAGCCUGUGGUCCCGAGCCGCUGGUGACCGCGCUCCUACCGGACCUCCACCACCUCACAACCCUCUUCGUAUAUCCAUUCCCAAGCCACACCAGGCUACUACCCUCGUUUCUCUCCUCCGGUGCUCACGCCGUCAUGCCGGCUUUGACCCGACUUGAAGUGGACAUCACUACGCUUUGGGACGCUCAAGACGGCCAAGUUACACAAAUCUCCCACCAUCCACAUAAUUUCUCCCACUUGACGCACCUUUGCCUGCACGACUGCAAUGGCGAAGCCACACUCGCAUGGAACCGCGCCACCCGCGAAUUCCCGACGGCAGACACCAAUCAAAUCCAUCUAAUCGCGUCUCUCCCUGCACUCACCCAUCUUGCCUUUGACGACGGCAGCAUCCCACUCCAGCCGUGUUAUGUCCUGCUAGAACGCUGCCCGCGCCUCCUCGUCCUCGUCCUUCGCUCUACAGUAAAUAAGCGGGACGCCCAGCUGCGCCAGCUCGUUUACUUCCACCUAGCGGCGCUGCCGACCGGUAACGGUGGUUUCGCUGACGGGGACAUCCGCUUCGUGAUGCUCCUUAACUUUGGCCGGCAGAUGAAUCGCCGCAUAAACUGCUGGCUCGACGAGGAGCCGCAAAGCGACAGGCGGCAGUGCGACUUCUGGGCUGUUGCAGAGGAAUUUGUCGCUCGUCGCAAAGAAAUAUAUGCGCGGGAUCCAACAGACGCCAGAGACUGGCUCAUAGACUGGUCGGAAUUUGAGACUCGGAGUGGUUGA